ACCAUCAAGAGAACAGACAACCAGACAGAAAGCUUUCAUUCAAUUCCAACGGCAUGCAAAUUGUCUAUAUAAGAUCAAUGCCUCCCUGCUUUUCAACAUAGCAAAAACAUGGUCAUGGCUUGUAAAACUUGUUCAAUGUUGUUGUUGUUUCUAAGCCUGGUUCUGGUCAUCAACCUUGUGCCUCAGAGUGAUGCAGCUCGCCGGCUUGCGGACGAGAUGAUACCCAAAGAUCACGUGGCCGGACUGGGAAAGAAAGAGGAGGCCAAGAUGAAGAGCUUUGGGGAGAUGAAGAACUCGCCAUCCUUUCCCUUUCCUUUACCAUUUUCCUCACCGGACAUGCCGUUUGCACCACCCCUUCCUCAAGUUCCGAUUACCCAGCUCCCUCCAUUCCCAUUUCCACCUCCCUUUGGUGUUCCUCCAUUCCCAUUUCCACCUCCUUUUGCUGUUCCUCCAUUCCCAUUCCCACCUCCCUUUGGUGUUCCUCCAUUCCCUGGUUUUCCUUUCCCUCCUGUCACUUUUCCUCCCAUCCCUUUCUUCUCACCUCCUCCUCCAUGAUUAUUAGUUGAAUAAGUUUUUAGUUAUGUGACAAUCAUCUUCUGCUUGUAAACUCUGGGUUUUAAUCAUGUUCUUUUGCUAGUUUACCUCUUCUGCUGUUUCAUGUUCCUUGCCUGUAUUUGCAUAUGUGCUAAGUGGAAAAAUGUUUCUUUUGAUAAAGUA